AUGACGGAAGAUGAGAUCGCGGUGGACUACCUGAGCGAGAUCCUGUUGCUCAUGGCACUGUUCAAUUGCAAGAAGGACGAAAGUCUGAGCGACAAAAAGGCCAAGAAGGUUGUCGAUAACAUGAAGCCCACACUGGAUUGUGUGGAAAUGUGCAUGUCUUUCAUUGAGCUUCCUAAAACCGCCGGGGAAGCCAUGUCUCACGCUUACAUGCAGCGACUGUUUGCGGUGCGACUUCUUAUGGCCGUAUUCGCAGCCUCGGAUCUCGGUAUUCCACCUCCUAACUCAUCUGCCGUAACUGAGGUCGAACGAGAGAAAAUGACAAUGCCUGAGAUCAAACAUCCCAGUCUGGAAAGGAAUAUGCCUAAUACCAUCUACGAGAGUCUGAAAAACACCACUCUUCUGCUUCUGACGUCGUUUCUGAGACGAGAACGACUGGAUAAUCACAGACAAGCUGUAGGUCUGGCUGCCUUCAUACUCCACUUUCUGACUCUUCAGGCGUACCACUCUGUGGACGACCCCAGUUCCCUGCAAUCUGUCAGACACAUAUUCAGCUUUUUGUCCUACAACCUACCUGAAGCUGCUAUGAAUACUGUCAAGAAACAACUACAGCUUCUACAAACCGCUCACAUUGUUGAAGAGGCUGAUCUCUCAGAGUACCUGGCGACUACGACACCAAUCUUCUACCAAUCUGUGAGAUCAUUUGCCACCCUCUCGUGCAACUCGUUGCCCAAAUCAUUCUUACAAAGCAAUCUCGGCCCAGUCAUGAGCCGUUUUGCAGACAGGAAUAUUCAGUGA